AUGAUUCUUACGAUUCUUGCUACCUUUGUCCUGUCCUGUGUCGUCGGUGUUCAGGGCGCUGGUCCAGUCGUCCUCCCGUUCAACGAGACUCACUAUUUCGGCUUUGACGGACCAUGGCAGGCCGUUCCAAUAAUGGUGGGUCGACCGCAGCAGCUGAUUAACCUAUAUCCUGGUGGUAAUAAUCCAAUUGUUGUUCUUUCCAAAAACGUGGUUCAGACAAACUUGACCGGACGGAACAACACGAGCGUGUCAGGCGUCUACGAUGCCUCUUUAGCGGAGACAGGCGCCGGCUCUUCGCAGGUUUUUUCACCAAGCGGGCGGAGCGACCUUCCUGAUGGAGGCUGGGGUGCAGGCCCCGCGAUGUCACUGUCUGGAAGUCGUGCUUUGGCCUUCACCGACGACGUGUUUCAUGAGAGCUUCGGUUCGGUCAAAAAUACUAGUCUUGCGGCAAUCAAUGAUACCUCAUACCAAUUGCCUGACGGUCGCCAGGUUCCGCUUGAUGUUGGUUUUCUCUCCCUUGGUGGAGAACAUUUUCCGAUGACCGAAGACUUCGUUGGCACGAACCUACCCUUGGAUCUUUCGAGCAACGGGUUGAUCCAAUCAAACACUUGGGGUCUUCAUAUCGGUUCGGUACAUGCCAGUAUCCCCGGUUCGCUAGUCUUCGGAGGAUACGAUAUGGCGCGUGUUAUUAGCGAUAUCAAUACGGCUCAAUCUCCUGGAGGCAUCGGUGAGUUGUUCAUCUCUCUUCUCGAUAUUUCGAUUGGUGUCGCGAAAGGGGGCUCACCAUUCUCGUUCCGAAGAAUGGAUGGCUUGCUUCAAACCCAGAAUAGCAGCAUCACAGAGAUAAAAGUUCGACCAAACCCAACAGUUCCUUAUCUCCACCUCCCAGGGAACACCUGCGAUUCAAUCACUGCCUAUCUACCAGUCGGCUUCGUGCCUUCUCUAGGCCUCUAUAUAUGGAACACGGAUUCUCCCCAAUACAGGACUAUAAUAUCAUCGCCGGCAUUUUUGGCUUUCACCUUUAAACAGACCGGAAGUCUUAACAAUUUCACAAUAAAUGUGCCUUUUUUCCUGCUCAACUUGACUUUGACUCCGCCAUUGGUUGAGGUUGCGACUCCUUGUUUUCCAUGCAGACCAUUCGAACCUAACUCCGAAGACGAAGAGUAUCAUCUUGGCCGGGCAUUCCUUCAGGCGGCCUUCAUUGGCAUGAAUUGGAGCAAUAGGUUAUGGUGGAUGGCACAGGCACCAGGGCCGCGACUGCCACCAUCCACUACAACUUCACUCGAAAACUUGUCCUCGACCAUCACAGCUAUUGAUGGACAGGCUUAUUGGACCUCCAGCUGGGAUAGUGUCUGGACCCCUCUUGCUGAACACGUUACCGGUGAUGACGGUCCUCAAUCUCCAGCGGCUGAGUCGACAAGUCUCUCAGCAGGAGUAAAGGCCGGUAUCGUCAUUGGAGCAAUUGCCGGCGCUGCGACGUUUUUGGUUGCUAUUUUCCUUGUCCUCCGCCGCCAUAGAAAACGGGCCAAAUUCCUCCAUAACGCAAACUCGCAAUCAUACUUUUACCAAAAUGAUCAGGGACAGAUGUUCAGAGCGCAGCUUCCCUCUACAGGUGGCCGGAGUGCGCCGCGAAUGGUCUGGCAUGAGAUGCCUCCAGGAUCACCAGUUCGACAUGAGAUGCCGGUCCAACCGAUCCAUCGCUCAGACCCCGGACCAGGUUCAGAAACGAUAGAGGGGCUAGCUAUGGAUAGCUGA